AUGGCCUCUAACUCGACCACAAACCACCACAUCGUCGCAAUAGAAGCAAUCCACUGCCCAAUCCCAGACUUCACCCUACAAACCCCGCACAAAAAAUCCGUCCACAACUGGACAUACCCGCACGAACUCGAAUCGCGCGUCAAAGACGCAACAAUAAUAAUAACAACAACAACACGCCUGAACGCGGACAUCCUGCACCCAUCCAAAACGCCACUAUUACGCCUAAUCGUGAUCUUAGCAUCAGGCACAGACUGUGUCGACCUAGCAGCUGCACGCGCGCGCGGAAUCCCCGUGUGCAAUUGCCCCAGCACGAAUAUCGAUAGUGUUAGUGAGCAUGCUAUUGGUCUUUACUUUGCGCUUAGGAGGAAACUUGUUCAUUUGAGUGGUGUUGUGCGUGAUGUGCCGGCUGACGAGGUCGGGGGUGAUACGGAGUGGAAGAGUAAAGGUUCAUUGAAAGGACGGAUGAAGAUGGCGGAUGGUGGCGCACCGUUACUGUGCUCUCAGGAGACGAUUGGUAUUGUGGGCUUUGGGGCCUUGGGGUCGAGGAUUAGUGCUCUUGCGCGUGGAUUGGGGAUGAAUGUUCUUAUUGCUGAGAGGAGGGGUGUUACGCAAGCGCGGGAUGAUCGGGUUUUGUUUGAGGAUGCUUUGAAGAGAUCGACUGUUUUGGUUCUUUGUUUGCCGCGGACGCCGGAGACGGAGAAUAUGAUUUCGACGAAUGAGUUUAGAAUGAUGUCGAAGCAGGCUGUGUUGAUUAAUGUUGCGAGGGGUGGGAUUGUGGAUGAAAAGGCUUUGGUUGAGGCUUUGAGGGAUGGCGAGAUUUCCGGGGCUGGUUUGGAUGUUUUUGCUAAUGAGCCGAUUGGGAGGGGGGAUUCGCCGUUGCUGGAGGGUGAGGCUGAUGGGUUGAAUCUUGUGCUUAGUCCUCAUCUUGCUUGGUUUGCGGAGAGGACGUUGGAGAAUCUUCAGACUGGGGUUAAGAAGACGGUUGAGCAGUGGUGUGUUGGGAAUACGAUUAAUAGAGUUGCCUGA